UUUUACCAACUUUACCUCUUCAAAUAGAUGUAUUCAUAAUACACCUUAUUAUAUAUCCUUUACUUCAUCUUCUUUACAUCCCAAAAAAACCUCAAAUUCUUCAAUACAAUUGAAACUUUUACCAAAAUUUCAUUAUUGCAUGGCUCAACUACCACCUAAAGUUCCUACUAUGGCACACAAUUGGCCUUUUCAAAACAUGCCUCCAUUGCCUAAUUCCUCCACCAUCGUCUCCAAUCACCACACUACUAAUUCCUGGGUAGACGAUUUCCUCGAUUUCUCAUCUUCCCGGAGAAAUUCUCACCGGAGAUCAGUUAGCGAUCCAAUUGCGUUCGUCGAAGCUCCGUUUCUCCAGCAAUGCCGAGGAAACGGAUUGAGUAACGGAUUCGAUAAAUUGGAUGAUGAACUACUUACUACUAUGUUUUCCGAUGAUAGCGGCGCCGGUGCUGCGUUUGCUGGUACGGCGCCGUGUUCGAAUCCGUCGAGUACGAAUCCUUCUACGCCGUCGGAUCAAGUCAGUGAAAAUGAAGAUCAGAAAUCGCCGGUCAGAUUGGAGGUUAAUCUAGUGGUUCAGCCGAAGAAUGAGCCCGGAGAAGAUGAUAGUGAUAAUCAAUCGCCGGUGACUAGUAAAAAUCCGGUGAAUGAUUCUUCUGAUAAUAAUAAUAAUAAUUCUAUUGUGGAUCCAAAGAGGAUUAAGAGAAUAUUAGCUAACAGGCAAUCAGCUCAGAGAUCGAGAGUUAGAAAAUUACAGUACAUUUCAGAACUGGAAAGAAGUGUAACUACUCUGCAAACUGAAGUAUCAGCAUUAUCACCAAGAGUUGCAUUUUUGGACCAUCAAAGGCUACUUCUUAACGUUGAUAAUAGCGCACUCAGGCAACGAAUUGCAGCUUUGGCUCAAGAUAAGAUUUUUAAAGAUGCUCAUCAAGAAGCAUUGAAGAAAGAAAUUGAGAGACUAAGACAAAUUUAUCAUGAACAGAACAUGAAGAAAAUGAAUACCGCCGAUGAACCACCGUCAACGGCGGCGCCGAUGAGUUGUACGGAAGAAGCGUAAGCUUCUUAAAAUUGCAUUGUCUUCAGCUAACUUGCGCCUUCACGUGAUGUGUUUCUCUUUUCUCUUGUGGACCCCUGUGAUAAUUUUUAACAUGAUUUUAGGAAAUUAAUUCCUACUAUUUAAUUUAAAAUAGUAGUAGGAAAUAAUUCAUUCAAUAUUUUUUUUUAAAAAAAAAGCAAACCCAAAAGUUUGCUUUGUUUGUAUUUUAUUGUGUGACUAAUUUAUUCUACUAAAGUAUUUAUCUUAAUUUUUGUUACGUUAGGGUUGAGAUUGAGUCGAUUUAAUCUAAUUUAAUUUGUGAAUCUUGUAUUUUAUUCGUUGUACAAGAAAAAGGGUGGUUGGGAAUUAUUUUUUUUAACAUUUUGUAAUUUGUAAGGGUAGUUUUGGGUUUUUAAUUUUGAUGAACUUUUUUUUUUUGUAUUGUAAUUUCCUUAUUAUAAGUUCUGGUAUAAUAACUUGUAUACCUUCUGAAUUUGUUUUUAAGGAAUGUAAGAACAAAUGAUGAAAAAGAACAUAAGGGAAAUUUGAAUUUAAGAAAUUGUUUUAGAUGUUUAUAUAUUUACUUUUGUUUAUUAA